UUGUGAGAACUCCAUCUUCCAAGCCUAGGCUGCGGGGAGUUUGAGCUUUGGGUCCCCGGGACUUAGAGACUGGAGAGGAGCCGGUAGGGCACACAGGGUCCUGUCCCUAACCUUGACGCGGCCGGUCUGUCUCUCCCGGUCAGGCGCUAUUCCGAAGAAUCCAGGUCCGAAUUUCUGAGUAUAACCGUGCUUCUCCUAGAACUAAUGAAGUCUUCCGUUUAUCUGUCAAGCCCUUAUGGCUUGAAAGCCAGAACGAGAUAUGACCAUUUUAAUGGUUUUCACUCCUAUUCUGACUUAAGUUUGGCUUAUGAUCGAGAGAAGAAACGACUCUAUCUGGAAUAAUCUUAUUCCAUUAUUUAUAUGAGAUGUGGACUUUUUCAUUUCUAAAACUUUUAAGUUUGGCCUGAUGUCACUUUUUAAUGGCCAUUUUUUUUUGCGUUAUUAAAAUCCGGACAUAGUCACUAUUAGUUGUUUUAUGAGUGAAGCGAUGACUAACUUGUAGUCAAUAUCUUAAAGUGAAUGACAUUGUUGAGUGGUUUUCUUUAGUGUAGAUGACGUCGUUGCCACCUCUCUUGGCUAAUAAUAAUUUCCGACAUACCAGUAAGGUUGUUCACUGCAAAAAGUGCCCUUUAGAAGAGCAGAGAACGAUUUGGGUUAGUGCGGGCAGACUCUGGAGACUGAGUUGGAAGGAUAAUGACAGAAUCCAGGGCAGUUGUACACUUAGAGCCUCCCGCUGAGACUUCCCAAGAGCAAGCAGACCUUCUCAUAGUAAAAGUAGAAGAAGAGGACUGUUCCUGGAUGCAGGGAUACAACCGGCCAGUGCUUGAGACUUUUUACCAGCGCUUCAAGCACUUCCAGUACCACGAGGCAACAGGGCCCCGCGAUGCUCUCAGCCAGCUCCGGGUUCUCUGCUGCGAGUGGCUGAGGCCGGAGCUGCACACCAAAGAGCAGAUCCUGGAGCUGCUGGUGCUGGAGCAGUUCCUCACCAUCCUGCCUGAAGAGUUUCAGGCCUGGGUGAGAGAACAUCACCCUGAGAGCGGAGAAGAAGCCGUGGCUGUGAUAGAGAGUAUCCAGAGAGAACUGGAGGAGCGCAGGCAACAGAUUGUCACAUGUCCUGAAGUACUUCCUCAGAAGAUGGUACCACCUGGAGCCACGCAGGAGUCCUCCAGUCACCAGUUUCUGCCUGUGGAGGCCCAGUCGGAUCAAGAGCCACAGAAUCUUCUGGAGGAGAAUGCCCUUCCUGUUCUCCAGGUUCCUUCCGUUCCCUUGAAGGACAGCCAGGAGCCAACAGCUUCACUCCUCUCAGCAGGGCCCCAGAAGUUGGUGAAAAUUGAAGACGUGGCUGAUGUGGCUGUGUCCUUCAUCCUGGAGGAAUGGGGACAUUUGGACCAGUCCCAGAAGUCUCUUAGUAGGGAUGGCAGAAAGGAAGAUUGUGAGAGAACCACUCCUGUGGAUUAUGAACCCAAGGAGGGCAACCUAGAGCUUGUGGUGCAGCAGGUCUCCGAUGCAGUUGACCCACACUGGGUGGCCGCAGAAAGCACGGAACAGAACAGUGUUCAGCCUCAAGAGUCUGCAGAAGUCAGUGACUUGAAGGACACAGUGCAGAGAUGGCAAGUGAAUCCUACUUGGAGGAAUCCAAGGCCGAAAAGAUCUCUGAGCUCAGGCCUGGAUGUCAACCGGAAGCAGAAAUCGAACGGCGAGCGAGGCCACAGAUGCGGUGACUGCGGGAAGUUUUUCCUCCAAGCCUCAAACUUCAUUCAGCACCGGAGGAUCCACACAGGAGAAAAACCGUUUAAAUGUGGGGAGUGUGGCAAAAGCUAUAAUCAGCGGGUUCACCUCACCCAGCACCAGAGAGUCCACACUGGCGAGAAGCCCUACAAGUGCCAGGUGUGCGGGAAAGCGUUCCGAGUGAGUUCCCAUCUGGUGCAGCAUCACAGCGUCCACAGCGGGGAGAGGCCAUAUGGCUGUAGCGAGUGCGGGAAGAGCUUUGGGCGGCACUCUCACCUCAUCGAGCACCUGAAGCGCCACUUCAGAGAGAAAUCCCAAAGAUGCAGCGACAGAAGAAGUAAGGACACCAAACUGAAUGUUCAGCAAAUUCCAGGGCUUUCAGAAGCAGACGUGGAACCAUCGGGAGAAGUCCAAAGGAAUGCUUGUGAGGCCGAAGGUCACAGUGAAGGCUGUGAAUACCAGGACGGGGCAGGUGGACAGGAGGGGGUUAUCAUGAAAGAAACCCUAGGACAAUCCUCUUCAAAGAGGACAGACUGCAAUGAACUCAGCUAUGUCCACAAGAAGCCCUCUCCAGGAGAGAGGCCACACAAAUGUAACGAAUGUGGGAAAAGCUUCAUCCAGAGCGCACACCUCGUUCAGCAUCGGAGAAUCCAUACUGGGGAGAAACCAUUCAGGUGUGAGGAGUGUGGCAAAAGCUACAACCAGCGUGUCCACCUCACUCAACAUCACCGAGUUCACACGGGCGAGAAGCCCUACGCCUGUCACUUAUGUGGGAAAGCCUUCCGAGUGAGGUCCCACCUUGUUCAGCACCAGAGUGUGCACAGCAGGGAGAGGCCCUUCAAGUGCAACGAGUGUGGGAAGGGGUUUGGGAGGCGAUCACAUCUGGCCGGUCACCUCCGACUCCACUCUAGAGAUAAGUCCCACCAGUGCCACGAAUGUGGAGAGAUCUUCUUCCGGUACGUCAGCCUCCUUGAACACCAAAUGCUCCAUGUGGGCCAGAAGAGCGGGAACAACAGUGUGUGCGAAGAGGCCCACAGCUGGAACCUGACCGUAAUGGAAGAUAAGAAGCUAGAGUUACAGGGGGAGCAGUCUCCCUACCAGUGUGAUACCUGUGGGAAAGCCUUUAGUUACACGUCCGACCUCAUACAGCACUACAGAGCUCACUCUGCAGAGAAACCCCAGAAAUGUGAUGCAUGCAGGGACAGCACCAGCCAGUGUCCGCACAGAAGACAGCCACAGAAAAUCUGCCCCAGCGGGAAAUCCCAUCAGUGCAGUGAGUGUGGAAGGGGCUUCGGUCUGAAGUCUCAUCUCAGUCAGCAUCAGAGAGUGCACACUGGCGAGAAGCCCUUCCAGUGCAAGGAGUGUGGAAUGAAAUUCAGUUGGAGCUGUAGCCUCCUCAAACAUCUGCGAAGCCACGAGAGGACAGACCCCUAAAGCUCCGGCAGCAUACAGGAAUCUGUUGGGAGGCAACCUGAUUUCAGAGAAGCCUUCCAUGGCCCUCAUAAGUGUAGCAUCAAAAAUGUUUCCCUCUUAGCUAUCAGACCUACAGGUGUGGGGAAACCCUGUUAGGUAGAGCUUAGCCUUCAGGGACACUGGAGAGCCACUGGGUGCUCCCAUAGCAGCUUUACGCUCGGAACCUCUGGCUAGGCGUGGCGGUGCUCGCCUGUAUGCCUCGGAGGCAGAGGCAGGCAGAUACCUGGUUUACAUAGAAAGUUCCAGGCCAGCCAGAGCUACAUAGUGAGACCCCUGCGUGAGAGACAGACAGAGAGAGACCAAGAGACAGACAGACACACCUCUGGGUUCUGUGGAUGAAGGAAAGUCUUGACAUGGCAUUGUUUAUUUGAAACUCAGAAAAAUAACAGAAGAGUCACGAAUGCAGUAGAAAUAAGCUUAUUUGUAGUUUCCACCUCGACAGCAUAGCUAUUCAGUGUCGUGCCUCAAAAGGAACUCUUCUGAGUGAUACCCAUCUUGGUACAUCUCUGGAAACGACUGUCCCAACCACUAGAAUACUCCAGCCAUUGUCCCAUCCUGAGUAUUAAAUCUUUUGAAAGGAA